UGACUGGCGUGAAUUUCCACGUGAUUCGUUGUGGAGGCCAGGGAGGCCUAGCAUGAAUGCGGCAUUAGCUUGAAGACUCCACCCUCGCUGAGGCAUCAUCAGACGCAGACAAAUUGAUCCGAGUCAACAGAUCAGCCGCAAGAUAACCACCACCAGAAGCAUAAACAUACCACUACCUCUACAACACCAACAGCCCACUUCCAUCACCCACGUUUGCGCCACCAAAAGCAAGAAUCGCAUCCCAUCGCAUUAUCCCCAGCAAUCAUGGUUGUCAGUUGCCCUUACUCCAGUUGAGAUUCCACGGAACCUAAUCAACUCAGUUCCUCAACUUACUAACAUUUGGUUUGUGGGGAAAGCUCGGAAGAUUAACUCACUAUGCAUUUGAUGCUGUUCUGAGUAUGUUGCUGACAAGUGAGAUCUUCUUUGAGAACAUCUGCUAAUGCGCCAGUAGUUUCCACCAUCCUGGCUGGCAUGAAGCGGUCAACCGGCUUGACGUAUGUCGAACCCUCCAUAUCCCAAUUCCUCCGUCUCUUCAAACAGAUAUCCCGUCGCGAGUCCUUCUUUGGCAUAUAAAAGUGGUAUGAAGUUGCGGACGGGGAUAUCGAGAACCAGGGCUCGCGAAAACUCAUGUCGUACCACCAAACAAAGCACAUUUGACUAACAAUCCCCAUCCUCCGGGACCAUAGUGUUAGUUUCAAGAAAGACACCAUCACGCAAAACAAGGAAGUCAACCAUUGGAUCGAGCGCUACCUUGGAGUCGGCGAAUGGGUAAUGGAUCAAUCCGUGGCCAUCGCUGGGUCCAGCCCCUGGUUCGAGCGAAAGCGAUGAUCGAGGAGCGCCAAGGACGGCAUCAUGUAGAGUUAAAAAACAUUGGGCAACGAAGAUAUGAGCAUCGAUACGGGAAUAUGAAGGCGAUAGGAUGGAAUAGCAUAGGCAAUGGCGGCGAUACCGAAGAAGAGUAGAUGAAGGCGUUAUUUUAUUUGGAUUUGGCUUUGCGACGAUGCGACUUGGGACAAUGUUUUUUUGCUUCAGACGUGGGCGAGUAGUGGUUCAUUCCUCUCGGUCAGAUAAUACUGUGUAUAUUGUUGCGAGACUCCCAAACUUGUUCUGAUGUGAAAACCAGAACUCCCAUGUUUUAU